UACUUCUUCAGAAAUUCAGAAUUUAGUAUCAACUAUCUAAUAGUUCGUUCUUCGAUAUCAUUUGGCACGAUUCAAUGUAUUCAGGUUUUACUAUUUUAGCUCAACAAUUCAACUAUUUCAUUAAAAUAUUAAUUAUUCUUCAGUAGGUACUUCAGUUAUUUUUUAUAUUUAAAAAAAAUUGUCAAUGUGUUUAAAAUAACAAAACAAGAUUUUUGUGCGGUUGUUGUUACUAUCCCUUCCUGCGUUAUUCACCUUAAAGGACAGAUGCUUUUCGAGAUGGCACUAGAGGCGACAAUUGAUCAACAGAAUUUAAUGUUCAACCCGGCCAAAUUGCAUUCUUCUAUAAAGAUACCGUUUCCGAAAUCUUCGUCGAUUGAAAAUGAAUACUUUGUUUAUCAUCAGGCUGAUCUGUUUUCUCAGAGUUUCUCAGCGAUUGAAGGCAUACGCCGGAUGGGGAAACUGUGUGAUGUCACACUGAAAGUAGAAAACAUGUCAUUUAGUGCCCAUCGCAUAGUAUUAGCUGCUACGGUACCCUAUUUUAAUGCUAUGUUCACGCACAACAUGAUUGAAAGUACCCAGAAAGACAUUGUGAUGCAUGGAAUUGAUCCUGAAGCAUUGGAAGCAUUAAUUAAUUUUGCAUACAGUGGUCGAAUAUCAAUAAAUGUCAAUAAUGUUCAGUCACUAUUAAUUGGAGCUUCAUUUUUGCAGUUGAAAUGGGUGCGAAAUGCUUGUGCAACAUUCAUUAAAGAGAGGUUUCACCAAAAUAAUGUUUUAAAAGUACGUACAUUAGCUGAUUCAUUGGGGUGCUAUGGCUUAAUGACUGAUUCUAAUAGAUAUAUAGCUCAGUAUUUUCCUGAUAUAUCACUAUCUGAAGACUUUUUAAAUCUCAAUAUUUCUGAAAUAAUUGACAUAGUCAAUAAAGAUGAACUACAGGCAUCUGAAGAACAGGUAUUCGAAGCAACUAUUCGCUGGGUGAAACAAGAUGAAUUGAGACAAGAAUGUUUUCCUCAAUUGCUUGCUGCUGUAAGGUUACCAUUACUUUCACCUCAUUACUUGGCUGAUCGAGUUGCCACUGAAGAAUUAAUUAGAUCAUCUCACGAAUGCAGAGAUUUAUUAGAUGAAGCUAAAGACUACCAUUUAAUGCCUGAAAGAAGACUUUUGUUACAAAGUUUUCGCACUAGACCUCGCUGUGUCAGUUAUAUACGUGGACACAUAUAUGCAGUUGGUGGACUUACAAAAUCAGGCGAUUCACUAAGUACCGUAGAAGUCUAUAAUCCCUUGACUGAACGAUGGGAGCUUGCAGAAGCUAUGAGCAUACUGCGUAGUAGAGUUGGAGUAGCUGUACUAAAUAAUAAAUUAUAUGCGUUUGGUGGCUAUAAUGGAAUCGAAAGACUAUCUUCAGUAGAAGUAUUUGAUCCUGCUACAAAAUCUUGGAAUAUAGUUUCACCAAUGCAUCGAAAGCGCAGCGCUCUUGGAGCAGCUGCACUAAAUGAUCGACUUUACGUUUGUGGAGGUUUUGAUGGAGUCAGUUCAUUAAAUAUUGUUGAAUGUUAUCAACCUGAUUUAGAUCGUUGGACAAUCAUUACACCAAUGCAAAAACAUCGAAGUGCUGGCGGUGUAGUAGCUUUUGAUGGUUAUAUAUAUAUUCUGGGAGGUCACGAUGGUCUAAGUAUUUUUGACUCUGUUGAACGGUAUGAUACAUAUACAGGCCAAUGGCUAUCUGUAACACCUAUGUUAAUGAAACGUUGUCGCUUAGGAGUAGCCACAUUGAAUGGUAAACUUUAUGCUUGUGGAGGAUAUGAUGGAUCAACAUUUUUACAAACUGUUGAAGAAUAUGAUCCUCAGACAGACAAGUGGAGAUUUGUGGCUUCAAUGAACGUGACAAGGAGCCGCGUGGCUCUAGUAGCCAAUGCUGGAAAAUUGUGGGCCAUUGGUGGGUAUGAUGGAUUUCUGAAUCUACCCACUGUAGAAGUGUACGACCCGAAAGCUGACUGCUGGACAUUUGCAGCUUCCAUGUGUGCCCAUGAAGGUGGAGUCGGAGUCGGUGUCAUACCCAUACAAGAGUCAGAAGUUCCAUGAAUAUGUUUGUCUGUUGUGGUUAAUAUAAUAAUAACAGUACCAUCUAUAAUAUCUACUCGCGGUGAAAGCGGUAGAAUAGGUAACAAAUGGAUUUGGUAAAAACAAAAACAAUGUCGUGCAUCAUAUUAUUUAUUUUGAGUGUUGACUGAUAGUUUUUGUCACAUUUUGGAUGACGAUAUCACUGUGUAAACUAUAUUAAUUUGUUUAUUAAACACUCAUUCCAAAUAGGGUAACAGUUGAUAUUAAAAAAGUUGUAUUCAGCCCCAAAACAGAUUUUAUAAGUGUAAAUUAGUCUGCUUAUCUCCAUGAAUGUAUUUAUGUCCUCUGAAAAUAUUUAAAUUGUACCACUGCUUGCCAGGAGUUCAAUAUUGCUUCUCACUAGUUUUUAUUUGGUCAAACUUUCCUGUAUAAAAUAUAAGUUCUUAUACUGUGAUAAAUUUUUGUUAGCUCCCACUCCUAUAUUGUGUUACCUACCCAUUUAUUAAUAGAAAAUUGCUUAAAUGAUAAAUGUAUGUGAGACAUACUGUGGUAUUAAGUAACCAGGGGUAUUUUGUAAUACCGAAUCAAACAUGUAUAUAUAAGUACGUAAUGUUAUCGUUAAAUUAAAUUAUGUAAAUUUAAGUCGAAAACCUAUUGUCCUAACCUAUAACUGUGAAAUUUGUUACUCUACAUUACUAAAAAUGUUGUUAUUUUGUUUUAAAAUGUAUAACAUAAUGACUAAUAAUAUUACAUAAUAUGUUUUCUGAACCUAUGUUGGUUUUGUGCUCUUAUAAGAAUUUUUACUUUUUUUUUAUUUAGAUGUAUAUUAUAUGUGUUAAAAGUGA